AUGGCAUUGGCAUUGAAUCACAAGGACGUGAUGGACUUUGGAGCCCAUCGCAUAGGAUUUUCGGGUCCUCCCAAGCAUGGGCGCGCAGUGAACGCGUUCCUGGUCAUCGUCUGUACAGUGGUUGGCGCCGCGUCGUUCUUGUUCGGGUUUGAUGAUAAAAUCAUUUCUCCCGUCGCCGCAUUGACGCCCUUUGUUGCCAAAUACCAAGGGCUUCAUUCAGUGGCCGGGAAACAUGUCCUCACAGCUCGCAAUCAGAAUCUGAUCUUUUCUCUUCCUCUCGUGGGUUCCGUGAUCGGUGGUCUGAUCGCGUCCCCAUUGAAUUUCCACUUUGGCCGGAAAUGGCCCCUGGUCGUCGCCUAUAUCAUCUCAAUCGGUGGGGCAUUGCUUCAAGUCUUUGCUCCGAACUUGGGAGCCUUUGUGGGCGGACGUGGAGUGAAUGGCGUUGCGUUGGGCAUUGCCAACGCCACUGCCCCUUUAUAUCUUUCCGAGGUCGUCCCGGCUUCCAUGAGAGGCCGAAGUGUCAGUUCGGUCAAUAUCCUAAAUCUCACAGCCGGUGUGGUUGCCACCGUGGUGGUCUUCGGAACCGAAAGGCUCGGGGGGCACUUGUCUUACCAGGUCCCACUGGCCGUGCAGUGCGUUUUGCCGGUUAUUCUUCUCUUUCUCACUCUUCCUCUCCCCGAAAGCCCGCAAUGGUUCGUUGGAAAAGGAAACAUAGUGCGUGCACGACACAAUCUGCGGAAACUUCGUGGCUUCAGUGACCACCAACUCGAAGACGAGCUCCGACUCAUGGCACUGUGCGAAGAGAAGGAGCGCAAACUGCAAGCAGAUGCCAAGUUUUGGCACAUAUUCCAUCGAGAGCAUCUCAAACGAACCUUGACUGCGGGGUCCUUCUUCUCUCUCAAUCAGGUUUCGGGAAUUAUUUUGUCGACGACAUAUACCACGGUGUUUCUCACGGAAUUGGGAAUCGCCGAUGCCUUCUCCCUAACAGUCAUCGCCUCGUGCUGCACUCUGGCUGGUACCAUUGCUGCUCCGUUGGUCAUCGACCGCGCAGGUCGACGCCCGACAGCGCUUGUUGGUAUGAGCAUUCUUUUUGUUAUCGACAGUAUCGCAGGCGGUCUCGCAUUCGAUCGAGGGAAUCCGCGAUCCACCAUGGCCAUAGCCAUUCUUUCAUUCGUCUUCAAUUUUUUCUGGGCAUCCUCAUUCUUCUCACUAUCCAUUCUAAUGCCCUCUGAGAUAGCAACCCCCAAACUUCGGCACCACACAAUGUCCUACACUAUUGCGUGUGCGCAGACCACUGCUGUCAUCACAACGCUUGCCGUCCCACAGCUGACUUCGGCGGAUGCGGCAAACCUUGGGGCGAAAACAUAUCUUAUAUUCGCCGGCUGCAUGGCCGCCAUUCUUGUUUUUGUGUUUUUCUUCAUGCCCGAAACACGAGCUCGAACGUUCGCAGAGAUCGAUGAGAUGUAUGCUGCCGGAAUUCCCAUGUGGAGGUGGCGGUCAUACGAAACUUCGAGGGAAGCGAGAACGGGAGAGCCGAGCUCAGAAUCAGCAGAGAAACCA